CUGUGGAACCGAGCCGCGGCGUCGCCGGUGUGGUUUGCGGUGGUGUGUGACGGGAUUUGGAGGUCCACGCCCAGAUCGUGUGGGUUCCGAAGGAAAUUUGAGGAUUUCGGCAUUAUCUAUCGCCCCUUACAUUUCUGAUUAGAUUCCAGCGAAAAGGUCAUUGUCAUGUCGUACAGUAAGAAGUACGCGUUUGCGUCGCUGCCCCGUACCCAAAGAGGAACGCCCAUUGUGUUGGGCGGUGACCCAAAGGGCAAACACUUCCUGUAUACGAAUGGAAACAGUGUGUACAUCAGGGACAUUAACAACCCAGAGAUAUGUGAUAUCUACACCCAGCACUCGACGACGGUGACAGUGGCCAAGUACUCGCCGAGCGGAUUUUACAUAGCAUCUGGAGAUGCCUCUGGAAAAGUAAGGAUCUGGGACACGGUGAACCUAGAACACAUCCUAAAAAACGAGUUCCAGCCUAUCUCAGGUGAGAUCAGAGACAUAGCAUGGUCUCCAGACUCUCAAAGGAUAGUGGUUGUUGGAAAUGGAAGGGAAAAAUAUGCCCAUGUGUUCAUGGCGGACACUGGAACAUCUGUGGGGGAGAUCCUGGGUCAAACAAAGAUCAUCAACACUGUGGAUUACAGGCCUGCAAGACCAUUUAGGAUCAUCACUGGCAGUGAAGACAACUCUGUGGGAUUCUUUGAGGGCCCACCAUUCAAGUUCAAGCUCACAAAGCAUGAUCACACUCGCUUUGUGCAGGCUGUUAGGUUUUCACCAAGUGGCGAGUUGUUUGCUACAGGAGGUUUUGAUGGCAAAAUCUUCAUUUAUGAUGGUAAGACUGCUGAGCUUGUGGGGGAGAUGGGAUCUCCUGCCCACAAAGGAGGUGUCUAUGCUGUGGCCUGGAGCCCUGAUGGCAAGCAGUUGUUGUCUUCAUCUGGGGACAAGACCUGCAAAAUCUGGGAUGUGGAGACAAGGACCAUGGUAACUGACUUCUGCAUGGGCACUACAGUGGAGGACCAGCAGUACUCCUGCCUGUGGCAGGGUGAGCACCUGCUGACUGUAGGCCUCCAUGGCUUCAUCACUUACCUGGACCCCAAGAACCCGUCACAGCCUAUCCGCGUGAUUAAGGGUCACAACAAGCCCAUCACCGCACUGGCUGUCAGCCAGGACAAGAGUCACAUCUACACUGGCUCACACGACGGCAACGUGACCCAGUGGGACGCGGCCUCGGGCGCCAACGAGCGCGUGCAGGGCGUUGGCCACGGCAACUACAUCAGCGGUGCCGUCACCAACGCCGACAGCAUCGUCACCAUCGGCUACGAUGACGCGCUGCGCACCGUCAACGAGCUGAAGCUGGCCUACACCGACUGUCUGACGCUGGGCGCCCAGCCGCGCGCCAUCAGCGCCGGCGAUGACACCGUGGCCGUCAUCACUGUCAAGGAGAUCGUGCUGCUGAAGGGGAACAGCCGCGUCGCCUCGCUGCCCAUCAGCUACGACCCCUCGGCGCUGGCCUUCAACGCGGCAUCGGGCGAGCUGGCUGUCGGCACGCAGGACACCAACCAGGUGAUCGUGUACCAGGUGAGCGGCGCCAGCAUCAGCCAGAAGCUGGAGCUGCAGCACCGGGGCGCCGUCACCGACGCCGCAUACUCGCCCGACGGCCAGUUCCUGGUGGCCUGCGACGGCCACCGCCAGGUGGUGCUGUAUCGGCUGCCCGACUACCAGGUGGCCAACCCUAUGGAGUGGGCGUUCCACGCGGCCAAGGUCAACUGCGUCGCCUGGUCGCCCGACUCGUCGCUGGUGGCCUCCGGCUCGCUCGACACCAACGUGAUCGUGUGGAGCGCGCGCGACCCGCGCCAGCACCUGAUCAUGAAGCGCGCGCACGACCAGAGCCAGGUGACGCGCGUCGGCUGGCUGGACAACGAGACGCUCGUCUCCGCCGGCCAGGACUGCAACACGCGCCUCUGGAACAUCAGCCUGUAGGCGCGCCCGCGGCACCCUGGCCGCCUGUCGGCAGGAGUCGCGGGCCGCCGCCGCCGCCGUGUUUUGUACUAACGCGUCUGUGGGCCGUCGUGCCUUGUGUGCGCUGCUGGCUCUGCUGAAACCGGUGCCCGCCGCGGCGCCGCCGCUCGUGUAUUGCUGGAGAGUUUUCGUGUGCGCAUGCUGGACGUUGGUGCUCUGAAAUCACGCGCAUGAUGUUCUGAUGCUACUACCAAUGCUAGCGUUGUGAUGAUUUAGCUUAUUCUGGAAGUCUUCCUCUAUUGUGACUUGCAUGGCUGCCUAUUUCACGAACAAUAUAGUAAUGAUCAAGCGUGCUUCCGCUGGACAGGAGGCGCGAUGAAGCGAUGGUUUUACAAAUGGAAUACAAUGCACCAUUUAAUACACUUGUGUCGUCGCAUAUUAACCUAGGA